UGUAAGCUACAACAAAACUUUUUUAUUGUAAUACAAACUUCUCAAUAUUACUAUAGAGAAAUAUUGUCAAUUAUUGAUGUGGGGGGCUCCACUCUUGCUUAAAAUCACAAAAACCCCUUACAGGAAUCUCAAGAGGAUCCCGUAACGUAAUCAACAUUCAUAAAUAUGUUGUAGGUAUCUGGUUUCUUGAGACCCAUAUUAUUAAGUUUUCAAUUACAAAUAAUAUGGAGCCAAACAGCCUGGACCCUCCAAAGAAAGAAGAAGAGGUCGACACGGUAAGCAAACAUUCAGUUUGCAGGUGUUGCCUCCGAAGCCAGGCCAAAGAAGAAGUUAAAAACAUGCAAGAAGUCUUUAUAGGAGGGACGAGCUGUACCUGUUUAUAUGAAGAAUUAACUAAAAUUAAGAUGGAUUUUACCAAUAUUCCGGCUACGAUAUGCAACAGUUGCACCAAAGAAUUUAUGAGAAUAAAUGACUUUAUUUUGAUGCUUAAAGCUUCUUUUUACAGUUUGGUGCAAGCCGAUGUCAAAAGUGAAGAGUGUGAAAUUAAUUCAGCGGAUAUAUGCAGUGAUUCCUCGGAUGAUGAUAUCCCGUUGUCUCAAAGGUUUGAAGUAGUUUAUAAGAAGCCUUUAAAUGGCAAAAAGAGUGAGGAAGAGGUGAGUAAUAAUAUUAAGGUGAAAAGUAAAAGGGGUAGGAGAGUAAGGGUCCUCAAAGAGCCAAAACAUAGUGAAGAAAACGAUUCUGAUUGUGACAUAAAAGACUGGUUAGAGCAGAGGGAUCUUAAUUUUGAAAAUGACGAUAAAAGUGUAAUAAAAAAUGAUUUCGAGUGCACCAAAUGCCACACUAGUUUUAACAAUUAUAAGGAUAUAGAGACACAUGCUAAAGAAGAGCAUCACGGGGAGGCAUCUUGCGUCGUUUGCUCUAAAAACCUCGCGAACCCGUUUGCUUUAAUUUACCACAUGAUGGUGAAGCACGGCAAACUGAAAUGCUGCAGACUAUGCUUGGUUAGCUUUAAGAAUUCAAAGGAACAAAUGGAGCAUUACAAAUCCGAGGAGCAUAACACCAAGUGCAACGUUUGUGGAGAACAGUUUAAGAAGCGCAAAGCCCUUUACGAGCACAGAAGGAAAAAACAUCUGAAUCCGGAACCGGAAAACCGAAAAUUCAAAUGCCCCGAGUGCUCCAAGGAGUUCACCAACAGAAACAACAUUAAAAGGCACGUCAUGGUGGCUCAUUGCGACGUUCGGUUCUUGUGCGACACUUGUGGACAAAGUUAUACGACAAAAAGGAAUUUGAGAAUCCACAUACAGAAGUUUCACGAGGGAUUGCCGGUGCAAAACAAACCGCAGAAAAAGUGCUUCUUUUGCGAACUGUGCGGUAAGGAGUUGCGGAUUUUUCAUAAGUACGCUAUUGCCCUACAUAGGGCGAAACAUAAAGGGCAUAAACACGUGUGUAAAAGAUGCUACGACUCGUUCGAAACCGAAAAACAACUCAGAGACCACAUGACCGAACUGAAACACGAUUUAUACGAAUGCGACAAGUGCCCCGCCCAGUUCGUCACCGUGGAAAACUUCAAGACCCAUUUGAAGAACCACGAGGCCCCCGGCUGGAAUAAGAACAUGUUCGCCACCUGGGGCCAAUCGGCCAAACUAAGAAACGAGAAAGGCGAGUUCGUGUGCACCUACUGCCCAAAAGUGUUCAAGGACAAACAGCGAUUGGACAACCACGUGAGGGUGCACACCAACGAGAGACCGUACAAGUGUCACAUUUGCAGCAAAGGUUUUAAGACGUGGAUCCACCGGAAAACGCACCUCAAUAUACAUUUGGGGAUUAAAAAGUGGGUGUGCAAGUUUUGCUCCAAAGCGUUCACCAAUUCGUGUACGUUGAAGGGCCACGAGAUGAUCCACACCGGCGAGAGACCGCACCCGUGUCCCGACUGUAAGAAGGGAUUUAUCACUGUAUCGGCGAUGAAACGGCAUAGGAUGGUCCACUUAACGAAUCCCGGAGGAAAGGAGAAAUCUUGCGGUAAAAAGGAGCCCAUUGAAGAGGACCCUUUAAAAGUGGAAACGCCCGAACAAGAGGACACGGUCGUCGUAAUUAACAGUAAUCAGGACUUGAUGUUCAAGUACGGACAGAUUUUUAGCGGUGGCGAUAUGACGUAUGAAAAUGGCAAAGAUAGCGGUGGUCUAACAUAACCUAAAUCUGAGAUUAACCCUAUAUUUGCUCCCCAAAUAUACCAAAAAAAAGGUUUUGAUAGUACUUUUUUUACUUGUGUAUUUUAUGAGAUAGUGAAAAUAAAACAGCCAAUAAAUA